AUGGGGCCGCGGCGCCUGCUGCUGCUGCUGGCCGCCGGCCUCAGCCUGUGCGGCCCGCUCCUGGGCGCCCGCCCCCGCGCCCACCGCAAGCCAGAGCCCAAAGUAACAAAUGCUACCGUGAACCCGCGGUCAUUUUUCCUCCAGAAUCCCAGCGAUCAUAGAUUUGAGCUAGUGCCGUGGGGAGAAACGGAGGAGAAAAAUAAGAGCAGCAUGUUCACCGAAGGCAGAUUGAUCUCCUUCAAUGGAAGCCAUGCCCUUCAAAAACUGGCCCCUCCAUUCAUUUCCGAAGACGCCUCUGCGUAUCUGACCAGCCCCUGGCUGACCCUCUUUGUUCCCUCCGUUUACACGUGCGUGUUCAUAGUCAGCCUGCCCCUGAACAUCCUGGCCAUCGCCGUGUUCAUCUUCAAGAUGAAGGUCAAGAAGCCCGCGGUGGUGUACAUGCUGCACCUGGCCACGGCCGACGUGCUCUUCGUGUCCGCGCUGCCCUUCAAGAUCAGCUAUUACUUUGCGGGCAGCGACUGGCGCUUCGGCUCCGCCAUGUGUCGCUUCGUCACUGCCGCGUUCUACUGUAACAUGUACGCCUCCAUCAUGCUCAUGACCGUCAUAAGCAUCGACCGCUUCCUGGCCGUGGUGUACCCCAUCCGCUCCCUGUCCUGGCGCUCUCUGGGCCGAGCGUCCUUCACGUGCCUGGCCAUCUGGGCGAUGGCCAUCGCGGGCGUCGUGCCUCUUCUGCUCAAAGAGCAAACCACCCAGGUCCCGGGGCUCAACAUCACCACCUGUCAUGACGUCCUCAAUGGAACCCUGCUCGAAGGCUUUUAUGCCUUCUACUUCUCGGCCUUCUCGGCCAUCUUCUUUUUUGUGCCGUUGACCAUCUCCACAGUCUGCUACGUGUCUAUCAUUAGAUGCCUCAGCUCCUCGGCGGUUACCAACAGGAACAACAAGUCCCGGGCCUUAUUCUUGUCUGCGGCUGUCUUCUGUAUCUUCCUCGUCUGCUUUGGACCCACCAACGUCCUCCUGAUGAUGCACUACCUGUUCCUGUCCUACAGCCCUGCCACCGAGGCCACCUACUUUGCUUACCUUCUCUGCGUCUGCAUCAGCAGCGUGAGCUGUUGCAUCGACCCCUUGAUUUACUACUACGCCUCCUCUGAGUGCCAGAGGCAUCUCUACGGCAUCCUAUGCGGCAAAGAAAGUUCAGAUCCCAAUAGUUACAACAGCAGCGGCCAGCUGGUGGCAAGUAAGAUGGAUUCCUGCUCUAGUCACAUGAAUAACAGCAUAUACAAAAAGCUGCUAGCUUAGGACAAGGGGCUGGUGGCAGGUUACCAAGAAAAGGUUUUAAAAGUAGAUGGGCAAGGACUUGCCCGUCCCUGGCAGAGACUAUUUACUUCACCACUCAAAGCAACAUACUGUCAGAUUUGCAUGCUUGCUUCGUGCGAGAGCCAUUGAGCAUAUGUAUUGCUUAAUUACCAGAAAAAGUAACCGGGGUAGAAGAUGAGGCUAUUUCAAGGGAGUGUUGCCACUGCUACACUAGUAGCUGAACGUCACUCUUAUAUAUCUACGUGACUUAAAUAUAUGUUUGUUGUAUGCACAUACGUGUAUUAUUUGCAGUACAGUAUGGAAUAGGCACUUUGGCACCCUCUCAUUUUCCCCCCCUAGCAAUUAGAGAAACAGGCUAGUUCUUUGAUGUAAUGUACAAGGUCUAGGAUGGUGGAGUUUAGCACUGUGCAAAUCAGAUGUCCAGGUGAGCUAGAGAAGGAUACCAUAAUUCAAGCUUAAACAGCUUUUGGAAGUACAUUCUGCAGUUACACGAAGCAGUGUUUAAGCGAUGGAAGGAUGAGAUACUUACAGUGUGUGUAGAUAAAGAUCUCGUGCCUUUCAUUUUAAAUAUAUCAUAGUUCAAAAAUUAUCAAAGCAGUUGGAAAGCUCACUUUCGCAUGGAUAGCAUUUUGUACACGUUGCACACUGAAUACAUAAGACCCACCAGGAGCAUAGAUUGCCUUUCAAAGCAGCAAACUCUGCGAGCUGCAUGCAUCCACCCGCAUGGAGGUCUCCACGCAGCAGAUACAGGGCAGAGCUGGUCUUAACCCUCCAGCCGAGCCUCUCAGAGAGAGGGACUCUGGGACUACCAUUCCCCCUAUCACCCUGGUACUCCCAAGGUUUGAACCGAUCGCAUCUACUGGACUUUACAAAGCAGGAUGUGAUGUCCUGAGAGGCAAUAACUAUGAAAGAUGUCUGUUCAUCUUAGGUACAGAAAACAAACACAUGUUCACAUCCAGUCCUGCAAGGCUGGCUCUUGCGUGGACACACCUAUGUGCCCCUGGGCACACUCUGGUGGGUGCUGGAUCCUUGGACUGAAGUAAGACUGAGUCUUGCCCUGGUCCUAGCAAAGCAGAUAGCUAGCAUAUAGAACGUGAUGUGUGUGUGGUAAAUUUGCAUGUUACAUAUUAAAAAAAAAACUGGUUUUAGCCACACAUCACCAAAUGUAUUACCUAUAAGCAAGACCCCAUCAGUUAAAGAAUUUUGACUAUUUAGGGCUUUGCUUCCAGUUGUGAUAGCUUAACACUAUAUGGGAUGUAUAUUUUUAUUUUUAAAAAGCCCUUGACUCUACAACUAUUCAGAAUUAUUUAUUUAUAAAAGUUUUGUUCAAAAUUACUCAAAGGUUUCUUUUAAUAAUCAUGUAGCUGGACAUGCACGCCUUUAAUCCCAGCACUCGGGAGGCUGAGAUAGGAAAAGAAUUUGAGGCCAGCCUAAAACUACAUACUGAAUUCCUGGUCUAGAGUGAGACCCUACCUCAGAAAAAGAAAACCAAAAAAAAAAAAAAAAAGAUCAUCAAUUAGAUAAAAAUAACAGAAUAAAAUAUAAUUGAGGUUGAAAUCUAGGGAAAUUAUUCUGUAUAUUCAUUUGCUUUCCUUAAGAGUUAAUGAAAGUUGGGCUGGAGAGAUGGCUUAGCGGUUAAGCGCUUGCCUGUGAAGCCUAAGGACCCCGGUUCGAGGCUCGGUUCCCCAGGCCCCACGUUAGCCAGAUGCACAAGGGGGCGCACGCGUCUGGAAUUCGUUUGCAGAGGCUGGAAGCCCUGACGCGCCCAUUCUCUCUCCCUCUAUCUGUCUUUCUCUCUGUGUCUGUCACUCUCAAAUAAAAAUAAAUAAAAAAAGAGUUAAUGAAAGUUAAUAAAAUUGUGCGUUUGACAAGCAUUUUAAAAAUUAGGUUGAGGGGCUGGAGAGAUGGCUUAGUGUUUAAGGUGCUUACCCAUGAAUCCUAAGGACCCAGGUUCAAUUUCCCAGGACCCACAUAAGCUAGAUGAACAAGGUGGU